AUGUCGAUCUGGAAGAUCUGGAAGACUGAACAACUUGCUUACUGCCAACGCAAGUUUGUAGUGCAAACUACAUAUAACCUCAUGGGUGCCUUCCAUGUGCCGUCCUCGUACCACCAGCCCUCAAACUCAAAACAGCAUAAACUUCUGCUUGCCGUGUUUCAUGAGUCCGGUCUUGCGGCCCAGGAAACUCUAUACAUGAAUGCUGAUGGAGUGACGGUGAUCGAGGUCGGUGGCUUCGAAGAAGUUUGA